GGCCGCCGCCAGCCUCAGCAUCCCCGAAGCCCGGCGCACGUGGGUCGGGGCGGAGACGCGGCGCCCCGGCUGCAGCGGCGGCGGCCUGCGGGGGGCGGGAAUGGGGCGCCGCGGCGGGGGAUCGGCUGAUGACAUCACGGCCGGGAUGCUGCAGCGCGGGCGCGCGGACAUGGCUGCGGCGGCUUCGGCGGCGGCCGCGGGCUGCGCUGGGGCCUGAGUGCCCAGCGCCCUCCCGCGGGGCCGCCCGCCAGUCCGCACCGUGCUCAGGUGCACUGGCCAGGCGCCUCUUCGCUCCCCGGACACCUGGGGCUUCCGCCUAUCCAGCCUUCCUUGGCCGAAUUGCUGGGGAGCCCGGCGUCAGGGGGCGCCAAGGAGCCAGGGGGAAAACUGUAAGGCGCUGGCUGGAGCCUCCAGGCGGUGCUACCCCCACCUCCCACCUCCCUGCGCCCCGCCCCGAGGCUGGGGCUUUGGAGGAUGCGGCCCGGAAAAACAUUAACUUUUGGGCCACGUCCAGAAUAGCAUCAUCUACAUGGGCAUUCCCUCCUCCUACAAUUUCAGAAAACCUUUGAUAACUAAUUGACAAAAUGCAGAAGAUCUUGCAGACAGAGGAAAUUACCAAUACUCAAGCUUUUAGAAAAGGAAAGAGGAAAAGGACAGACACAAUGGACUCAGAAAAUGCAAAUAGUGACAUGGAUAAAGGACAGAGAGACCCAUAUUCGGGAAAUGCCUUUCUGCCCGGUGAGAUCUCCAGUGAGGAUGAAGAGCCUUUAGCAGAAUUGUCGAAGGAGGAAUUAUGCGCCAAAAUAAAAAGCCUCAAAGAAAAGCUAACAAACACCCGAAAAGAAAACAGCCGACUUCGACAGUCUUUGGUCAUGCUUCAAGUGUUACCACAGGCAGUCACCCAGUUCGAAGAGCUGGUUGGUAUGGCGGAAGCCCUGCUUAAGGGUGGAGGAACCAUGUCUACAUCCGCGUCUACCCUCUGGAGAGCGACAAACAACUCCUCCCCAGAUUCAUUUGCUUCAACAUGUAGUAACUCUAAUUCUAAUUCUAGUUCACCCAUUUCCUUGAAAGCUGAGGAAGAGCAUCAUACUGAUGAGAAACAGUUCAAGAUUGAAAAAUGGCAGAUUGCCCGUUGUAAUAAGAGCAAGCCUCAGAAGUUUAUUAAUGAUUUAAUGCAAGUACUUUACACAAAUGAAUAUAUGGCCACACACAGCCUGACGGGGGCAAAAUCUUCUACUUCACGGGACAAAGCCGUUAAACCAGCUAUGAACCAGAAUGAAGUUCAAGAAAUCAUAGGAGUAACAAAACAAUUAUUUCCCAAUACGGAUGAUGUUUCAAUUAGGAGAAUGAUAGGGCAAAAGCUAAACAACUGUACCAAGAAGCCAAAUUUAAGCAAAAAUCUUAACUCUCAGGAUAUUAAGUAGAUCCUUUUGGUAUUACAGGUAUCUGAAACAAAGCUCCUUCAGUUCUAAAUCUAGCAUUGGAUUUUGUUGGAGAAUCUGCAAUCUUCCUGGCAAUGAGCACAGAGAGAUAUAUGCAGUGACAGGCUGUAAGACAUGUGUAACAUUGCCGGGCUCCCUGAGGGACCAACAAGCUUGCUGAAGAAGCUGCAUGAGAUUCCACCCUAAAUAUCAGUGAUGCAUCAAACCAGAGAAUUUCUCCCAGCCAAAUAAGCAUGCAAUAUAGUUUUUUGGAAAUACGCAUUUCCUGAUCCCCAAAUACUUCUCUGUACAGCUAACUUAACAGGAUAGUCAGAGCUUUUAUCAUAGAAACAAAAACUUCAACCUUUAAGAUUAGUUAUUGUCCUAACCAAUCAUUGUACGUUUAUUAUUACCAAUGACUCCCCAUUAUGGCUUUUGGAUCUUUAUCAUAAGCACAUGUUUGGAAAAGUAAACAGUGAAAUAAUCAAUGUUCACAAAUAUGAGAGCAGCAAAUUCAGCCUAAAAUCUGAUAAUCAUGACUAACUGAGUAAUAAUGUUUUAGCAAUAAAAUUACAGGAUUAUUCUGUUAUCUAAAAAUGUAUAAAAUAGGAAUAUAAAAAAUGCUGUCAGCAAGAUUUUUUUAUUUUAGUAUGAUACUAUUCUACCACACACCAAAAAAACAAGUAAACUCAAGUUUUGGGGACUGUUAAAACAACGCAUCAAUUUUCAGAAUAUUCUUUUUGUUUGUUUACCAGACAUGUUUUAACUUUUUAUUUCCCAAAGUAUGUUAACUAGAGAUGUGUAAUAUAAAACAUCAAUAUCAUCUAAAACAUCCUAUACAUGAUACAACAUCACAUAUAUUUGGUUAUUUAUAUUGCCAAACUGCUUAGUUUUAACUGGUUAAUUUUCAUUGUAGCAGAAGAAGAAUGAAUUGAAAAAAAUCAUAUGGGUUUGAUAAUCACACACACACACAAAAUCAUUUUGGAAAUCAACUGAAGAUAAAACAUUCUUCAACCCAAGGUUUCUUGCAUAAAGGUCGGUUGUCACACAUGACAACUCUACAAUGGGAAGCCAUGCUUCUUCAGUGCACAAAGUCACAUUUAAACUUGGAAAAGAGAAUGCUACAAUAGUUACAAAAUUCAGUAUCCUGGAUCCAGGGAACAUUCCAUAAAUGUUGCUUGAUAACAAUGUGGUUGUCUAAAAUAAAUGUUCUUAAAGAAAUAACUUAUGUAACAUUUGCUACUUUUACUUAAACAUAAAUAAAUCCCACUGAAAAGAUAAAA